AUGGCCACAGAAUCUAUUCACUCAGCUCAUUCGGUUGACGCGAAGAAAGACGAGAUUGUCACUACCAAGAACGUUGACACCAUCGUCGACUACGCGCGUAAUGUCAAUGCGAGGAUCAUCAAUCCGCUCGCCGGAAUAUCGAAAGAAAGACUUCGGGACAAGGUCGAUGCUUUCUGCGAGUCGUGGGGCUUCCAGGAGAAAAGGGACGUCUUUUGGAAGGGCGCCUUAGCCGCACAGAAUCCGUCGACAUUCGAGGAGGUACCUGAGCUGGCUGAGGAAGACAAGUACCACAUUCGGCGGGAGGUCACUCACAGAUGGCAUCUACCAAAGGAUCUGUACUUCGCCAUCGCUCUCUGCUCCCUUGGCUCUGCUAUUCAAGGCUGGGAUAACACCGGCGCCAACGGAGCGAACUUGUCUUUCCCUCAGGAGUUUGGCAUCGCAGACGAUACCUGGCUGGUCGGCGUGAUAAAUAGCGGGCCCACCCUUUUCGGUCUCGCCAGUGCCUGGGCUGCUGAUCCCGUCAACAACUAUCUAGGAAGACGUGGUGCCAUCUUCGUCACAGGCCUCUUUUGUAUCUUCCCCGUCCUUGCACAGGCCUUCACGCAGAACUGGUGGGGCCUGCUACUCUGUCGUCUGUUUAUGGGCUUGGGCAUGGGUAUCAAGAUCUCGACUAUCCCUGUCUACUCAGCUGAAGUCUCGCCUGCUUCUAUCCGCGGUGGAAUGGUCACAAGCUUCCAGCUUUGGGUGGCCUUUGGCAUCUUCGCCGGCCAGUGUUCCAAUCUAAUCUUCUUCCAGGUUGGACGUCUCGCGUGGCGUUUCCAGCUCGCCGCCGCCUUCGCACCGGCCAUCCCGAUCGUUAUCCUCAUCUGGUUUUGUCCGGAAUCACCCAGAUGGCUUUUGAAAAAGCAUAGGUACAAGGAAGCGUACACGGCUCUCUGUCGUCUUCGUACCAGCGACGUUAUUGCCGCACGGGAGCUCUACUACGCGCACUGUCAAAUCGCCGAGGAACACAACGCAUUUGCGGGAAUAUCUCUAGGUCGCCGCAUCCGCGAUCUUUUUAUGGUCCCUCGGCUCCGCCGUGCCACCAUUGCGUCUGCCGUCAUCGUCAUCUCGCAGCAGUUCUCGGGUAUCAACAUCAUGGCUUUCUACUCGUCAACCAUCUUUGCCGAAGCGGGAUACAGUCCCAAGGAGUGCUUGCUCGUCUCUAUGGGCUACGGACUCAUCAUGUUUGUAUUUGCUAUCCCAGCGGUAUACACAAUGGAUACGUUCGGUCGACGGAAUUUACUACUAGUCACCUUCCCGAACAUGGCAUGGUCGUUAUUGGCGGCGGGUUUCUGCUUCUUGAUCAAUGAGAAUGUGGGAGCGCGCGUACCACUUAUCGCGUUCUUCAUUUUCCUAUUCACUGCGCUGUAUGGGCCGGGCAUGGGACCGCUUCCAUCCAUCUACUUCAGCGAGGCUUUCCCCCUCUCGCAUCGAGAGAUUGGCGCUGCGUUCACGAUUUGCGUCAAUAACGCCGUCGGAUCUGCUCUCACCCUUAGCUUUCCGUCGCUUCUAGCGAAGAUCACACCGACCGGUGCGUUCGCAUUCUAUGCCGGGCUCAAUGUCGUAGCUUUCUUCAUGAUUUUCUUCCUAGUGCCCGAGACGAUGCAGCGCACACUGGAGGAACUGGAUUUCAUCUUCGGUGUCCCAACGCGCCGACACAUCGCAUAUCAGGUUCGGACCUGGCUACCAUGGUUCAUCAAGCGAUAUGUUCUUUUCCAGAGGAAGGCGAAACUCGAGCCGCUGUAUCAUCUGGAGGGUGUUAACACGAUGAGGACUGGGUCGGUCUGA